AGUGGAACGGAUUUGGAAUUUUUUGAAGGCUGAUUUUAAACGUCAUUCCAUGAUUGAUAACUUUACUAUUUUACGUCAGUGUAGAAUUAUUGAACAUAAAUCUUUUAUAUUCAUUUUGUACUAGGUUAUGUUUAACAGACAGACUUCAGGACCUGAAGAUAAAUAUUAAAAUGUGUCAGUAACUUUUAUUAUAACUUAUUAACAGUGAAGUAUCAAGAAUUUUUAAGAUUUGCGUCUAAUUUUAUAGUCUAUAAUACAAGUGUAAGAAUUAAAUUUCACUUUGCCAUAAUUUAUAACGUAUUUCUUUUUUGUUCUCAACCAUUAAAAUGUCCUUUAAAUUGGAAGAUGAUGUUUUGACAACAUUGAAAAUUUUGAUAAUAGGUGAAAGUGGGGUAGGUAAAUCCAGUCUUUUGCUUCGAUUUAUUGAAGACACAUUUGAUCCAGACCAGGCAACCACAAUUGGGGUAGAUUUUAAAACCACAAAAUUAACUAUUGAUGGAAAUACUGUGAAACUAGCUAUUUGGGAUACUGCUGGCCAAGAGAGGUUCCGAACACUCACCCCAAGCUACUACAGAGAUGCUCAAGGAGCAAUUCUAGUGUACGAUGUUACUGAUAAACAAACAUUUAACAAGCUGGAAACUUGGCUCAAUGAACUGGAUACAUACUCGACAAAGAGCAACAUUGUUAAAAUGUUGGUUGGCAACAAAAUAGACAAAAGUAACAACAGAGAGGUGUCACGUGAUGAGGGGAUGAAGUUUGCGAAGAGACAUGCAACAUUGUUCAUUGAGUCCAGUGUUAAAACUAGGGAUGGUGUUCAAUGUGCAUUUGAAGAACUUGUCCAGAAGAUAAUACAAACUCCUGGGCUAUGGGAGACAAACACGAGCAACAAAACAAUAACAGUGAAUGGUGGUGAGUCUGCCACUGAAACACAAUCGUGCGUUGGCUGGCAGUGUUCCGUAGUCUAACUGUUAUCUCCUCUCCUCCACCACAUGCACACAAGCGGUUGAAACAGAUAUUUUUAUAUCGGCCGGUCUAGUGUGAAAACUAUACUAAUUUUCCCACUUUGAUAAGAGGCUGUGAUUUAUUUCUUAUAAACAUUUUAAAGAGGUUUAAAUAUUUUCGGUGAAUAAAAUGUCGCAACUUUUUAGUCGAGUAAGCUGUGGGUCUUCCGUUAAUGCUACAUUUUUUAACCAGGAAAACAUUGGUUGAUGGAAAUUUAUAUAUCUAUUAUUGAUUUUAAAUAAGUGGAUAUAAAUAUGUCAAAUUGAGGCUUAAUUAAAUUACUUGCAUAGAACAUGAAGUAUUUUAUUAAAGAAAUAGACAAUGUUGCUUCUGUUCAGUCAUUGUAUAGCAUCACAGUCUAUACGGAUUUCAUUCCUAAUUCAGUUAAUUCCUUAUUGUUACUCUCAUCAUUGCUACUAAGCUUGUGCUAUGUUAUCAAUGCUAUCAAUAACAUAGAUGACACUUUGCUGUGUGGAGCACAAAAUAUGGACUACUGCUAGAUUUGAUGGUGCCUUGAAGAGACACUUGUAAAUAAGUGUUAACUGUCUUUUGUAGGAAAUUCAAUGUGAAACUUUUGAGAAAAUUAUGUAAUAAUAAUAAAUUAGUGUACAACUGUAACAGCACCCUUUUAUUCUUUUGGUGUUUACAUUUCUUUUUGUUUAUGUUUGUUAAAUAGUAUUUUAGUUUCUGGCACUGUAAUUGAAUUUCGCUGUUUGUAAUGAUUACAGGUUUAUUAAAUACUGGAGAAAAUAUUAAUACAGUCAUAUUAUACUUUUAACAUAGAAAUCAACACUGUAGGUUGUACUAUUGCAAGUAAAACUAAAAUUACAAGACAGUUUUCCUAGGAUAUUUUCAUCAUUCCACCUGUUAAUUAGGUACUAUAACUGUCCAGUUGUUAUAAAAAAAUUCAUAACAUUAAGUUAAAUGUUAUUAAUCAAAGUUUCUAUGUUAGUUAAAAGGCAAUAAACUGUAUUUUUUAUGAUUUGAUUGUUCUAAUGACUAAGAAAACAUCCUUGAUUAUCAAAUUGAUCUGUUCAUUGUUAAUCAUUUAAACCUUUUCUCUCUUCAUACAUUGGCAUUCAACUAAUGAACACUAUAUGCAUAAUACUACACAUACGUUUAUUAUCAUAGUUGAAAUAAUAUUAUAACUAACCUAAAUUGAUAGUAUGUUUCUGCAUUAUUGAAAUCCAAAGCAGCUUUGGGAUUUUGGAUUAGUUAUGAAAGGUUUGCUUUAUUUAGAUUUUCGCUGCUGAAAAAUAACAUUUAUUAUAAUAUUGUUUUCUGAUCAUAAACUUGAUUUUAUUUGUAAACCUAGACACAUAAUUGAUUGUAUUUUUUUGUGAUGAGUUUUUAUUUGAAUUGUAUUUAUUUUUUUGUGGUGAGUUUUUAUUUAUAAUGUGUUUGUACAAGUUACUAUGUGUUCAUAUAUAGAAGAUUAAAGCUGUAAUAAUGACAGAGAAAGUAUAUAACUAUGAGAACUGGUUGAUAAGUAAGACACACUUGCAAAUAUCUCACAAACGGGUUAAAACUUUGAUCGCCUGGAAUGUAAGCAGUUCUCAGAUGUAUAGCUGCGUAAAUGAGACACCUUAGCACAGAGUAUUUUUCCUGUUGUAGUAGUUUUUUAUAUAUUUAUUAAACGUGUUACUUAAAUGUAUUAAUAAAAUUACAACAAACCUUCAUCAAUAAUGUCCAGGAUUGACUUGAAUGCGAAUUAUGUGGGGUGGGAGGAUUGAAGUAUAAGAAUCCUUUAUUCUUCAUUAACAGGACUCAAUUGUGAACUGGAAAGUUUAAAAUUUGCUGUAAAUCCUCUUUGUUUAUUGUUAUUACGAUAUGUUAUCAUUAUACCAAAUGAUGUCAAUGUCUAUCAUUAUUAAAAAUUCGUAAAAUAACACUCUCAAUCAACGUAAAUUUCUUGAAUUCAUGUUCAGUGAGAAGCGCAUGGCCUCCAAGUAGUUCAAUAUAAGUCCAAAAGAUUGCAGCACCAACAGGUCAGAAUUUUUCUAAACAUUUUCUACAUAUAGCGCAACAAAAACUAACAGCUGUCUUUAUGAAAGAAACACAGAUAAUAAUGGAAAACGAAGUAACUCUGGUGUGGUGAUUCUUUUAAAAACUAUUGUUGCAUGAUAUAUAUUAUACAUGGUGGUUGGUAGUCUUAUUAACUUUGCACCAUAUAUCUCGAGUGUGACAGUUAGAGGGUUAAACUAGCACAGGUUUCUGCAUUGCUGUAACCUUUUAAUUACUAGGAUCAAAUAAUAUGGUAUAGAUGCAUCAGUCUUUGGCAUUGUAGAAAUAAUCUUUAUAUAUUAUCUUUUCAACAUCCCAAAAUAAUGACAAGAUUUGUAAACUCCAUUGAUCAGCUAAAAUUUGAAAUAUCUGAGUCUAUAAGCUAUAAUUACAUAAUUGGGCUUCACAAUGCACAUGUAGAAUCCAGAAACUGCAAAUUGACAAACUUCUGUACUAUUAGAGGAUUGAUAUACAUAUAUACACCGUGAACUUGAAAAAAUAUUGUUAACACAAGAUAGUAGUGUAACCGAGGAGGAAUAUUGGACCAUUUAGUAGCCAUAUCGGUUUACUAUCAUCUAAACUGUGGUCUCAAGUCAUGGAUUGAUAAAACAUAGACCUGGGUUUUGAAACUAGAAAUAUUCAUGUUGGUUCUUAAAGAACUAUUUAUAUAAUAACAUUUACAAAAACAAAUUUUACGCAUUGUUGAUAUAAAUUAAAUUCAUGGUUAAAAUGAGAUAAUCAUGUGUUUUCGAAGACUGAAACCCGUGCAUAGUGUAGCUAUAAAGAUGUUGAAUCCAACUAAUCAUGAAUUAAAUUUCAAAAAGAAGGUCUAUUGCUACCCCUAACUUUUCUUUUCAAUAACAUGAUUUUAUAUUUGACUAUUAAUGUAAAUCCUGAAUGUAUCUGUUAAGUGUAUUACCUAUCAGCCAACACUCGUAAUACUUAUACUACUCUGAAUAUUGAGUACAUCACUUUGCUGUUGGGAUUGGUGUGUAUAUUUGUUUUCUUGGACAUAAGUAAAAAAAAAAACUGUGAAUCGUCUAUUAACCUGAUAAAAAUGGAUGAAGAACAAACAAAACAUUAUGUUUGAUCAAAGUAUUUUCUCAACACUAAUAAGUCAGUGUAAAGAAUCAUAUACUAAUGUUUGUAACAAUAAUGUACAUAGUUACUGUAUAGGAUUAAAAUUAAGGAUUCUUGUCAAAGUAAUGUAUUUAACUGUAUUUUAUAAUUAUAUUGUUUUUACAAUUCAAUAUUUUAUCUUAUAAAACACAAAGUAGAAAAUUGUAAUGAAUUGCAAAUAAAAUUGUACAUAGCAUAUU